AUGCUUCAUUCCAGAUUUGACAUCAAGGAUUUAGGGAUACUGAAGUAUUUCCUGGGAUUAGAAGUUGCUUACUCAAAGAAGGGUAUCUUUCUGGAUCAAAGAAAAUACGUGUUGGACCUGUUGAAGGCUACAAGAAAAAUGGGAGUAAAUCCUUGUCAUACUCCUAUAGAAAAUGGCAACAAACUUGAUAAUGAUGGUGAUGUGUUAAGUGAUAUUGGGUCAUAUAAAAGCAAGAAACAAAAUGUUGUUUCUCGAUCGAGUGCUGAAGAAGAAUACAGAGCCAUGGCUUCAACAACAUAUGAGAUUGUUUGGCUUCGAGCAUUACUUAAAGAUUUGGGUUUUCUGUCACCUCAGCCGGCUAAGAUGUUCUGUGACAAUCAAGCUGCGAUAAAAAUUGCGUCAAAUCCCACCUUUCAUGAGCGUGCAAAGCAUAUAGAAGUGGAUUGUCAUUUUGUUAGAGAGAAGUGCAAAGAGGAGCAGAUGAAGGCGAAUCAAUGGGUUGAAAAGAAAACAAAUGGAUUAAUUAAGAAUCUUCUUCCUGACGGAGCAGUUGAUAAAUGUACAAAAUUUAUAUUGGCGAAUGCACUCUAUUUUAAAGGAUGCUGCAGUCGGAAUCCGUUCGAUCAAGCACUAACCAAGGAAUACAAGUUCUAUCUCCUGGAUGGGGAAAAAACAAUACGAGUUCCCUUCAUGUCAUCCAAUGCAAGACAAUAUAUUACUUGUUAUGACAUCUUCAGAGUACUUAAACUCCCAUACAAACGUUCAGGAACAAAUGAAAAUGCUCGUAUUCCAAGUUUUUCCAUGUAUAUAGUUUUACCAGAGCAGCGAGAUGGGCUUGGUGAACUCAUAACAAAGGUGAGUUCUAAUCCAGCAGCAUCAAGAGUACUCAAUCAAAUGGGUAUGGUUCUGCCUUUUGAAAAAUCCAAUGCAGAGCUGAUGGAGAUGGUGAAUAUUGGUAGUUCUACUACUAAUAAGCUUCAUGUUGAUAAAGUUUUUCGUAAGUGUUUUGUUGAAGUUGAUGAAAAAGUAACUGAAGCUGCUGCUUCUACUGCUGUUAGGGGGUGGUGUUUUGACAAGAAGCGUCCUCGUACGCCUCCUCCUCGUGUCGAUUUUUUGGCAGAACACCCUUUCAUGUUCAUCAUCAGAGAGGAGCAAAGUGGUAUAGUGUUGUUCAUGUACAAUGUUCUGAAUCCUUUGUUAAAUUCGUGA